AUAAAGACUCUCCACCCAGUUCUCCCCCAGCCUCCUGCCUCAGAAUGGUUCACAGGCUACGACACAGCUCAUGGCUGUCAGCUCUGCUGGGUCAGACUCACAGCAACACUCCACAGGAGACAACUCAAACCAGUCAAAUGAGGGCCACCAGUCCACGGGAAACAGUCCUGACAAGUCAAAUGAGGACCACAAGUCCACGGGGAACAGUCCUGGCAAGUCAGGUGAGGACCACAAGUCCACGGGGAACAGUCCUGACAAGUCAAGUGAGGACCACAAGUCCACGGGAAACAGUCCUGGCAAGUCAAGUGAGGACCACAAGUCCACAGGAAACAGUCCUGACAAGUCAGGUGAGGACCACAAGUCCACGGGAAACAGUCCUGGCCAGUCAAGUGAGGACCACAAGUCCACGGGAAACAGUCCUGGCCAGUCAAGUGAGGACCACAAGUCCACAGGAAACAGUCCUGACCAGUCAAGUGAGGACCACAAGUCCAUGGGGAACAGUCCUGGCAAGUUGAGUAAGGAGCACCAGUCCACAGAAGACAGUCCUGGCAAGUCAGAUAAGAAGCACCAGUCCACGGAAAACAGUCCUGACAGGUUGGUUAAGGAGCACGAGUCCACGGGAAAAAGUCCUGGCAACUUGGUUAAGGAGCACGAGUCCACGGGAAAAAGUCCUGGCAACUUGGUUAAGGAGCACCAGUCCACGGAAAACAGUCCUGACAAGUCGGAUAAGGGCCACCAGUCCACGGAAAACAGUCCUGGCAAGUCAGACAAGGAGCAUGUGUCCACGGAAGACAGUUCUGAACCUGAAGGGGGCUCUGCACCCAAAGAAGAGAAGGAAAUGCCUGGCCCUGCCUCUGGAGAGAACCUUGAAGGGACACUUUUGGAUUCCAUAAAUAGGAAGAAGGAUGACCUUUAUAAGGACAAUCUUGGAAGUGCGGAGAGCAGUCACUUCUUUGCAUAUCUGGUGACUGCAGCCAUUCUUGUUGCUGUUCUCUAUAUUGCCUAUCACAACAAGCGGAAGAUUAUUGCUUUUGCCCUGGAAGGAAAAAAAUCCAAACUUACUCGGCGGCCUAAGGCCAGUGACUACCAGCUUUUGGACCAGAAGAUUUGAUCUUUCUGUUUUUGAGAACCUCGUCCUCCCUGCUGAUUUGUUUCUAAAUCAAGAUAAAUGAAGAUAAAAGUACUGUGAACUAAGACAUACCCUCUAGGGUUUGGUGGCAAGUCCGGGCUGGCAGACAUGGGGGGGUGGGGAGCACGGCUUUGGUUUUUGCACCGGCACUUUAGUGACCCUGUGCUCCUUUGUUCCCAUUAUUUACGCUGGUGUCUUCCAUCCUUUCCCCCUCUUAGUAUGAGUAGAAGGAGCGAGCAGGUGGGAACCCAGUUUUGACCAAAUGGAGAUCCCAGCCCCUGGCAGGCUAGUGCUGCUGACCGCCCUGGGCGCCUUGGGCCUCGGCUCUAUCGUGAAAUCACCCCUAGAAAGUAGCAUUGCACUCGCCACUAUUUAUUUUUGCAGACCUAGGAGAAAACUCAGCUGCUUGAGGUACUUUCCACCAGGGCCUCUUACUUUGGGGGCUGUGCCCUACAAGAGAUCUACAAGGUGAAUGCUGAUGGGCAAAAAGCUACAUUGAACACAUAAUUCUUUUCAAAUGCUUCAGCAGUAAACCAAAGCAAUAGCUUAAAAAAAUGCUUUACUGCCUGCAGGUUCAACCCAUCUAGCACAUUUUCAUAUUAUGUAAGACAAAGUGAGUCAGCUUCCAUUUGGUUGUACUGAGUAUAAAACUGAACUUGGGGCUUCUGGGAGUAGAGCUGUAAAGCCACUGUUCCCAUUGCAGAUUUUUAGAAAUAAAGUUGUGAUUAUUGAA